AUGGAGGUGAGCGAGGACAGGGCCCAGCCAGGCCCCAGGAUGCCACCUGGUAGCCGAAAGGAGUCUCAGGCCAGCACCCCGCCCCAGCUCUGCACGGAGACGGAGACAGAGGAGUGCCCCCAGGGACACACCCAGGACAGGCAGCUGUCUCUGGCCCACAGGCAGGUGCAGCUCAGGUGGGCCACCCUGGAGAGGAGGCAGUGCUGCCCCUCCCUGAGCUUGAUACAGCCUCCAGAGGCCCGGCCCCACCCCUGGUGGGACUGCCACUGGGGCCACGUGGCCACACGAAUGACCAGCCAGGCUUCCCUAGGGGCCAGGCCUCCCAGGGCCAGGCCUGAGCUUCCUGCCAGAAAGAUUACUAAUGUCUCAGGGCUCCUGGGAACAGCUGGCAGCCCCAUGGUGUUGGCAACCUGGCCACAGCCCAGCCCUGGGCCGGCCAUGCCCACCGUGCCCACCGUGCCCACCGUGCCUGCCAUGCCCACUGGGCCGCAGAUGGACCGCAUGGGGAACAGCUCCCAGGGCGCCUCCCAGCUCUUCCUCACCAGCACGCUGGCCCGAGGCGUCUCCGGGGUCUUCGUGUGGACUGCCCUGGUGCUCACCUGCCACCAGAUCUACCUGCACCUGCGCUCCUACACAGUUCCCAAUGAGCAGCGCUACAUCAUCCGCCUGCUCUUCAUCGUACCCAUCUACGCCUUCGACUCCUGGCUCAGCCUCCUCCUCCUGGGGGGCCACCAGCACUACAUCUACUUCGACUCGGUGCGUGACUGCUGUGAAGCCUUUGUCAUCCACAGCUUCCUGAGCCUCUGUUUCCAGUACCUGGGAGGCGAAAGUGCCAUCAUGGCAGAGAUUCGUGGGAAGCCCCCCAGGUCCAGCUGUAUGUACAGCACCUGCUGUCUCCAGGGUGUGUCCUCCUCCAUCGGCUUCCUGCGCUUCUGCAAGCAGGCCACACUGCAGUUCUGCAUCGUGAAGCCCAUCAUGGCUGUGGUCACCAUUGUCCUGCAGGCGUUCGGCAAAUACCACGAUGGAGACUUCAAUAUCCACAGCGGCUACCUCUACGUCAACCUGGUCUACAACGUGUCCGUCAGCCUGGCCCUCUACGCCCUGUUCCUUUUCUUCUUUGCCACCAAGGAGCUCCUGCAGCCCUUUGAGCCUGUCCUCAAAUUCUUCACCAUCAAGGCCGUCAUCUUCCUCUCUUUCUGGCAGGGGCUGCUGCUGGCCAUCCUGGAGAAGUGCAGGGUCAUCCCUGAGGCCCAGGUCAUCGACGGGAGCAAGGUGGGGGCCGGCACGUUGGCUGCUGGCUACCAAAACUUCAUCAUCUGCAUCGAGAUGCUAUUUGCCUCCAUUGCCCUGCGCUACGCCUUCACUGUCCAGGUAUACGCGGAGAAGAAGGAGAGCUCGCCAGCCUCCAAGGCCCCCAUGCACAGCAUCUCGAGUGGCCUCAAGGAGACCAUGAGCCCACAAGACAUCGUGCAGGACGCCAUCCACAACUUCUCACCCACCUAUCAGCACUACGCCCAGCAGGCCACUCACGAGGCCCCGAGCCCUGGCCCCCACCCCAGUGCGGCCGGAGACUCUGGCGGGCUCAGGAAGAGUCGGAAUGUGGAGAAGAGAAUGCUGAUCCCCACAGAGGACUUAUAGGAAGGCCACAGGGGUCACUGGCCACCUGCCUGUGACCAGGCUGCCCAGGCCUCUGGGAAGGCACAGGGCCCUCAACCCCUUUGCCAAAGGUCAGGCCUCUUUCAGGAGCCCUGCUGCCAGGCCGGUAGAACCACUUCCCAGCCUGCCUCCUGCCAGCAGGCCCGAGGUCCUGGGAGCCAAUGCCCAAGUUUAUCUGACAAGCCGGGAACCCACCACGCUCAGCUGGCCAUCGUGGGGCUGCUGAGAGGCAAGGCCAGGCCGGAUGGACAGACCACACGCUGGGCCCUACAGGGGAUGGCCCUGGGAGACCGAGGCAGCCCCGCCCUGAGGACAUGGGAGCUGGUGGGGGCAGGGGAUGCAGCUAGGCCUUGCAUGGCCUGUGGGAGAGGGGCCGAGCUGCUCUGCAACCCCUCUGGCCCUGGAGAUUCCGAAAAAGCCCCCAGCCUGGGAAGGCAUGCCUGAUGAAGGUCUAGGAGGACCCCAAGGCAACCUGCACAGAACCUUCACCCUGGGCAGCCCGAGAAGCAUGUGGGGCUCCCAGAGA